AUGAUUGUGUGGAAUUUGUCAGUCCUUACGCUCUUUUUCCUUAUUCUGGACGUUCGGGCUCGUGUUUACUAUGAUGCAGAUACAUGCACACCGCACAAAACGCUUGUAGACAAGGCGUUCAAGUCCGCCUUUGAGAUGGUUGAUAGGGCUAGAGACGCCAUCGGGAGUCCUCACAGCCCCUACUCAGAUGCAGAGCAAUGGGAUUUCCCAGACCAAGAGAUUACAAACCUCGCUGCCAGGAUAUUUGGUGAUGGAGGUCCCCUUCAGAAAGAUGAUACAUCUAAGGGACUGCCCGCAACAUUAUUCGGGAGGAUGAACAUUAUCAAAAACAACUAUGAUUACAUGGCGGAAAACUUUAAGACUGACAACAUCCCGCUGCAGCAAGAUGUGUCUUCCUUAACUCCAUCAGAUAUACUGGUCUAUUGCACGUUGGAUCAUCUUAAUCCUUAUGUUCAAGGUUACAAAAAUGACAAGGAAGGAAGAGAGAUCGAAGGCGGGGUCGACGAAAAGACCUAUGAUGGCUGCGCUAAGGGUACCCUUUUGGGCUUUACUAAACACACAACAUACAACUAUCAAACUCUUUACCUCUGCCAUCUCAAUGAUAAGAAGAAAAAAAUCCGUAAGACGAUCAGAGAAAUGGAACGGAAGUGGUUAGACCAACGAAAGCUUUUAAGUGAUGUUUGUACAAUUUUUGGAAAAACGGGCAAGUGGGAGAUUGAUUACUAUGACUUGUUGGAUUCUACCAUUCUCCACGAGAUGACGCAUGUUAUUCCCAGCGCAACAGAAACCGACCCUGGUCCCGAGAAAGGUGAAAAAUACUGGCGAUUGACUACUGACGAUGUCGGCAAAGACAAAGGUUACAAAUGGGAAGGGGUGUACCCGUUAGGCAAAGAGCGGAGAGGUUAUAGGAAUGCCGACUCCUAUGCAUUUUUCGGUUUGGGUACCUGGUUAUUGAAAGAAAGACAGACAACGGUCAAUAACGAAGGUUGUGUGCAGCCGCUCGACAACUAUGAGAUGGGAGCAUCUGGCCAAAUUACUGUCGGUAAUGCGUGGCAAAGGCCUAAGACGAAGCGGUACAUGGAUCCUUUUGUUGAUCUGGACAUGAAGCGACCAUUUGUCAACGUUCUUGAGGUACGCCAGUUUGUCACAAGUUUUAGGAGCUCCAGCUUUCCCUCUUUGGCUGCGCCGGGCGUACCGAUUUCGUCUGGGUUCUCAUGGAGCGGUGGUAAUGGAACCGCGACAGGUCCCGGUACAGCAAGCCGAAGAUCAUCUAUACUCUUGUCGACAGGCACUGGGUUUGAACAAACUUCGGCCUCUGGCUUGAGUUCUAUUAGAAAUUCUAGCGAUGUCUCGACCCAGACUUUAUCGUCAGAAAAUACAUUCUCUGAAACACGACCCUUCGGUGUACCGCCUGCAGGAGUGUCAACGAUAAUCGAUGCCAAUCAUACCACUAGCGGCAGUGUCGGACAGACAACACGUGCCAACGAGACUUUGCAGACCAGGACGGGCACUCCGACUCCCAGCAACAGUAUUCCCACGAUCUCAGAUAUCCCUCCCAGCUCGGUUGUUAGCAACAGUACUUCCGGCGUCUCGCAUAUCACUGCAAGCACGGCUGCUAUCAAUGGCUCUUCCACCAUGUGGGAUGUUACUUCAACCCGAGCCAGCUACGAUGACUCCUCGGCAACUUUGGUUACUUCCUCGACCCUGGUUAUCAGUAACAGCUCUUCAGAGGCUUCCAAAAUCACUUCAAGCCCGUUUGCCAGUGAGAGCUCUUCUGCCAUCACAGAAAUGUCAAGCCCGACUGCUACUACCAACUACUCGGAAAUUACACUAGGAAGCUCAUCAAAAGCCUGGUCGGAAGCCCCGUCAGCAGUUUCAUCGGAUAGUACAACUUACACUACCGGACCUACUACCGGACCUAUUACUAGCGAUAUUCCAACUGCGCUGCCGUCGGGCUUUUUUUCUCAAACACCCACAACCACUCCAGAAGCUGGAUUGCUACUCUGCGUUGAUAUGAAGAGCUGCCCAACUCCAACAUGGCUGGAGGGUAUUGUUUAUGAAACGGAUCUUUUCAUCCCCGAGGUCACCGACUUGAGCGCCGUUCCCACUAAGAAGGUGAAGAAGAACGACGAUGAUGAUGACAAUAAUGCAGUCAUUUUUGUCAAGAUCGAGCUUCCAGAUGAUAAGUGCAAUCCCCUUCCUAAGCCUAAAGCUGGCGGCCUACUAGGUAUCGUGGCAAACGUUGCAAACAAGGUUGUCGAUACUGUCAUGGAUGCUGCCUGCAACAUGGAGUUUCCUGUUAUCAAGGGGAACAUGCCAGACUGGAUGGACUUGACCAAGUUCCCUGGAUUAAAAGGGUAUACUGAGCCUACUAAGGACCCUGAUGACCCUAAUGAAGACCCUGAUGAGUCAUCUUCUUCCGCCCAAGAGUCGGCUUCCUCAACGUCGUCAGAGAGCUGCUCCGCUACACCAAUCCCAAGCUGCAAGGAAACGGCACUUAUAUCUGGCACAGUCACAAAGAGUUUUACAACUGAGUGCACUACGAUUACUGCCUGCUCUGGCAGCGCUAUAACAUCCCUUACGCAGAUUACUGCUAGCCCAACAGCUACAGGUGAGAUCUUUGUUCAUCCUGAGGGUUCUGAGGAAUUCCAAGAGGAGCAAGAGUGCUACCAGGGAAUCAUGGAGAAAACCGACAUUUCCAUGGAAGACAUAGAAAAGUGCUUGGGUAUUACUCCCACUUCGUGGUCCGCGUCCACGUCGGAAUAUCCAUCGUCUACUGGCGCAUCAAGCUCAUCAGCGAGCACGGGAUCCCAAACUCCUACUACUAACACCAACACUCCGAUCCCAUCCUCCAUCAAAACUUCUAUGUCUAGUAGCAUUCCGAUCUCAUCCUCAAUCGGGACUUCUGCGUCUAAUACUAGCCCGCCCAGUCCAUCCGCAACCUCAGGAACCGAGCCAUUCCUCUGUGAGCCAUAUAUUGGAGGCCGCGACGAUAAACAGUGCCAGUGCCAGAAGCAAAAUUGCAGCGAUGACUGUGAACUUAUCACUAUGUUCAAGGGCGAAGAUGGUUGCGAUGAUGAAUGUCAGGGUUGCAAACCGCCGGAAGGGUUCUAGCACGCCAACUCCACCCUAAACUGCAACAGCUGUUUUUGGACCCGGCGCACCAUCUCCAAGAUUCUUACAAAAUACUUAGGGAAAGGUUUAGCUUUAGGACUUAGGUUGAGCUUAGAAUUGCUAGGGAGCCUAGAAGUAGGGUAAU